ACGCGUGAGGCCGAGGCUAAACCGGAAGUAUUGCUUGUGUAGCUCUUAGUUUCAAGGCCAGAGCACUUCUACGAAUAAUCACGGAAAUAAAGAGUUCAGUUUCGUGACACUUGAUCUUAUGAUUUAUGCAUAAAGAUGCGAGAAAUUAGCAAAUGUUAAGCGUCUUUUUCCUCAAAAUAAUGAAAGGAAAACAGAACUUGAGUGCGCUGAAAAGUGAGGGAUGAAAGGCAAUUUCACCGACGUAUCGCUAACCCAGAGAGAAAAAAGCAUCAUUCCAGACCAUCUGCUAGCAGGGUUGACAAGCCAAGUCCUCUAUACCUUGUUAAUGAUUUCCUGAUUUCAAAGUAAAAACUCUUAACCAUGAGGACUCGUCCAGGAAGUCGACUAAGCAGAAGUGGCAUGACCUGGUUAAUUACUGUGAUGUUCCAGAAUAUAAUCAUAGAGUCCUGUGAUGCCCUACUGUAUUCUGGGUUCAUUAAAUACUGAAGGAGUAGGACCAGAAUCCAUCAGGAGGAAAAUACUUUUUUUUUUUUCCGUAUAUUGGAUCUGUGCUUCAGAUGGGAGUUUGAAAACAUGGGCAUGGCCCCAAGUGAACCAAGCAUCUAUGACAAGCUGUCUGAAAGCAUAGAUGUCCUACGUCAGUCAGGACACCGGUUUGGCAUGUCUGAGAAAGAGAUUGAGAAGUUCAUUCUGGAGGUGCUAGAGACCAAUGUACCCAGGAGGGACCCACCCCGAUUCCCCAUUCUGAUAGCUGCUAGUAAGCUUUUUUUCAUACUUGCAUUCCUUCUCCUGACAGUGCUGGCCUUCCUUUACCCUCAAAGCUCCCUUCAAUAUGGACUUCCAGGCCAUCACUCUUAUAACUGGUCUUCACCCAUUAGCCAUGUACGCCUUCUGUCUCUGCCGAUUGCCAAGAAGUACAACCUUCAAGAAUUCCAUGAAUGGUGGAGCUCAAGUAAGAAGAGUCAUUCCGAAGUUCCAGUAAACUGUUCUGGUUGUGCCUCUGUUUCAGCAAUACAUGAGCUCACAGAAAAGGAAGGAAAGCUGGACUGUAUUAUCCAGGGUUCACAGCCUGUAUUAUUCAAGGGUGGACAGGCUUUGUCACUGACUUAUGAGGACAUGGAACAAUUAUACUCCAAGAGGAAUGAGUCUAUGGAUUUGUUUGUAAAUGAAAAUAGCAGCGUUGUUGUGGUGGCCGAGACAUUCCCAAAAGAACCAGUGAACUUCACCAUUUUCUGGAAAACACAGCUACUGAACCCAACAGAGGUUCUUCAACUGCUGUUUCCUCAUGCAGACCUGAGGCAUUUCUUGAAUCAAGAAGCGGUAUCUAUUAAGCGCUGCCUGGUAUUGGAUGGCCAAGAACCCAAUUCUCAGGUUCUCCACAUACACAGGUGGUUAGUUAUUGGAAAGGGAUUUCCAUCUCUCAAGUUCCUGCCCCAUUCAGGAUGUUACAGACAGUGCCGCUCCUUCUAUGUGUGGCUUGCACCAGGAGACUUAGUAUUUGCAGAUUCCCGGUUAUGGCAAAUGGAGCUGUUUCCCAGCAGAGGGCAGAAUAUUGUUUGUGAUGGAUCUGGAUUCUAAAGGACAUGGAGCACUCUAGGAUGACCAUUUCCAAUACAGUCAAGUUUUUUGAAAAUGGACUUUUUUAGACUUUAAAAUUGUGAAUCCUGAAUAUGACAUUCCUGAUACUUUACAGUAUCUCUUUUUCUGUGCUUGACAGCUCAAUACAGCUACUACAUAAAAGGUAGAAUAUUGGCUUUGUGCACUGUUGUUUACAAUAGCCUGAUGUUGAUCAACCAGGCUUUACAGCCAUAGGAUUUCUUUCACUGUACAAAAGCGGAGUAUUCAUUUGUUUUCUUGACCUAUAGCAAUUAGGUGUUCAAGAGAUGUUGGGCUACACAUAUGCCACAGUUGCCUUGAGUGCUAAUGUGGAGCACAGUAAAUACAAGGCAACAAAUAUGCUACAUUGUUUGUAUGAUCUUUUUCUCGAUGUUCAAGGCAUGCCUUAUGGUAAGAUGCUCAGCAGGACACAAUUGUUUGGUUUAUAAAUUAUACUUUGAACUGGCUGAAUGUAUACUUACGAAUACCCAUUUAUGUCAUUCAUACUAUUUUUGUCAUACUUUAUUUGACAUCAGUAUGUGAUGCUAGCUAAGGUUUACCAAGGUGGUUUUAUUUAUUUAUUUUAUUUUAUUUUAUUUUUUUUGUUUUUGUGAGGUAGUGGUAAAUAUUAGCACAGACUUCUGCUGUGCAGAUAUUUUGCUGAUGCUGAUUGCCCAGGUUCCAAAUUCCUAAUACCGAAUAAUGAGCACUCUCAUCUUGGCUGACAUUAAUGAAGUAUAAUGGGUCUUAGUAUUGUGUAAUUCAUCUGACAGCUUUGCAGAUUUUCAUCACAGUCAGAUUUUUUUUUAAAUUUAAUUCCAGCCUACAAGGUUUUUGGCAGAUGUGGCAUAUUAGCAACAGAUGAAAUCCAUAGGUAUUAGUCCUUUUAAUGCAAGGCUAUGUGCUGCAACAGGAUUUGUAGACGAGCUGUAAAUGGUAGGAAUGUUUGCUGCCUGAGUUCCUCAGGAGGUGAUUUAGGGCUUAUUGAACCAUGGCAUAUGGCUCUUUUCAUUUUUUUUUUAAAGUAAUUAAAUCCUAUUGCAUUAUUACAUCACACUUUGGGUGGGGUGAUAUUUGGCCUUCUUACCCCACAUUUGUUGUUGGAAGUUAUUUCUGCUGAGAUCACUUGCUUCAGCUGUUCUACAUUGUAAUAUCUGGAGGGUGUGGCACCACAUCUGUAGCAGUGAUCUCGCAUUGUGGGUUCAAAAAAUCCUUCAGUGAUCCAAUUGCCAUAUUUCCUCUGAGGGUCCCAGACCUGAUUUUCGUCCAGCACACAUGGAAGGGGUUAUGUUGUUUUCGACAGAUUGUUGACUUAGAGACUGGUGGACAUAUGCAGGCUAACAUUCUCUAUCUGAUUGUGUGUGAAUUUGAAGCAUAGAAAAGGAAAAAUACUUUGCUGUUUCAGCAGGACUAGGAAGCAUUUUCAUAGCCAUCCAUCAUUUACAGCAUGUAUUGACAAAGUAACAAAACCAGUGCCAGUCUAAGCAGAUCACAACUAAGUAGGCUGUAGUGUGUUGUAUUGCAUACAACUGUAAUGCAAAUCCACAGGGCUAAGCUGUUGUUUUAAAAGGAGAGUGGCUUUCUACAUAUGCAAAACAAAAUUGGUAUGUCCCAAUAAACCCCUCCCCCUCCCACACACACACAAACAAACACAUCUGUUUUUAUGAAAGUCCUGCUGUGCUAAGGACAUCUUAAAAGGAAUAACUCUUCUUUCUUUGCUAUUGUUUACUUUUAAUCCAGCCUGAAUGAAUAUAAUCUAAGUCCUGGCACAUUGUUGAUGUAUGUGGUCAAUUUCAUAAUCAUUGCUGGGGAAAAAAAACAUAAACAAAACUAUCCUUGAAGUAUGCUUAUUUGGAGAUAGAGUGUAGUGAACAAUAGUAAAGCUUAUUUAGUGGGUAUAUGAAUUGCAUCUUGUUGCCUCAAGAUGGUGGGAUGUGUAAUUCCUGCCCAAAUCACAUUUUCCACAAUGCCCCAUGAACCCUAUGGCUGUCCUGCGCUCUCUCUCUCUCUCUCUGUUAUUUUUGUCAUUUUUGUGCCUCUCAGAUUCUUGAAAAUAAAUAUUAGUAAUAUAUUAGUAAUAUUAAUUUCAACAUGCCAGAGCUUUGGAAGGUUUGUAAAUAAUU